GUCAUCUGAUCCUUCAAAACAAAACACCAACCUGCCGUGUGAGGAGGAAGAACCCUCUAUAUAAACUCCAAGGAGCCCAGAGAGUAACCCAAGAAAGUCUCAAGAGUUUUUCCUCGGACAGGUUUAAUGAGCAGUGUCUUCUCCUGAGGGAGUAACGGGCCAAGAACACACGGUAGUGUUGGUGAGGGUGUGGAGAGCUUGGCCAGGAGUGACCAGCACGCUAUACACAAGUUGGAAUGGAAGCUCCCAGGAACUGCCGGCUUCUAGGAACACUGAGAUUUUCAAGAACAUUUUUGUAAGAGAUUGGGAUGGAAACAUUCUUGGUAGAAACUCAACCUUGUUACAGAUUAGGGAGAAAUUUUAUCAAAACCAACAACAUUAACAGAUAGAAUUAUGACAGUGAAGAAAUUGUGUGUUGUAUGAAAUUUUAUAUACACUGCCUGUUCCAAAUCUGAACGAAAUACAUUCCUGACACCAAUGGUUAGGCCAACCACCAUGGCUUCGAGCGACCUGGAGAGUGGGGAACCAUGUUUACUGCCAAACCCGCCACCACGACCAAGAGUUUGUCACCACCACCACCACUGUGAAGAUGACAUGACCCCGAAGCAGAAAGCAGACUUUGCAGUGAUCAAGUUUGUAGCAGGGCUGGUACUGACAGUGAUGAGAAAGUUUUGCUUUACAUCAGGAACCGUGAUUAUUUUAAUAUUUGUACUUUUCUGGCUCUACGGAGGACUCCUGGCCUUCGUUCUCCUUCUGUUCGCCUUCUCAGGAGUGGUGUACCAGAUCAGCGACCUUCUCGUCUACUGGCCCAACUUUCCUCCAGACUCUCGUGUGUUAGUACAGACUCCCUCUUCCAUAGGCUUACCAUCGGAGAACCUGUUUUUAUACGCACGUGAUGGGACCAAACUUCAUGCCGUUUUUGUCAAGCAGGAUUCCAUGGCUGUGAAGUCUGCGCCAACCUUUGUAUAUCUCCACGGCAAUGCUGGCAAUCUAGGUCACAGGCUAAGCAAUGUGUACGGAAUGUAUAGAUGGCUGGGAAUCAACCUUCUGUUGUUGGAGUACCGCGGCUAUGGACUAAGUGAGGGCACACCCUCCGAGGAAGGUCUCUAUCUUGAUGCUCAAGCUGCUAUAUCCUACCUCAAGACCAGAUCAGAUAUAGAUCAAAAUAAAAUUAUAGUAUUUGGUAGAUCUUUAGGUGGAGCAGUGGCGGUGGAUUGUGUGAGCCGGUCCGAGAUCAGCAGCAGAGUAGCCGCGGUGGUGCUGGAGAACACCUUCACUUCUAUACCAGAGAUGGCUAAGGUGCUCUUCUCUGGUGUGAAACUUCUUGCUAAAUUACCUCACUGGUGCCACAAAAAUAAGUACCUGUCUAAAUACAAAAUGUGCCGAGUGGUUGUGCCAACGUUAUUCCUCUCGGGCCAGGCGGACUCCCUGGUGCCUCCUCGCAUGAUGAUGGAACUGUACCACUGUUGUGCAUCACCAGCAAAACGCCUCAUGCAGUUCACUCAGGGUUCACACAACGAGACGUGGAAAUGCCCUGGUUAUUAUCAAGUGUUGGCUCACUUCUUGGAUGAGGUGUUCAAGAGGACGACACAGCCUCCUGUCUUGCAUCCGGGUGUGGUGUGCUUCUCGGAACCCGAGACUCUGUAGCACCCGCCGACUAGUUCCUGGUGAUGUAUCUUUGGCUGGUUUGGAGUAGGUAGGAAACAGCCAAAAACCUAGUUUUCUAAUGCUUUGCUUUUAAGGAGGACUGAAGUGUUUGUUAAAUUUGGUUAUACAGUUUGUAAUCUAUGAAGAGUGGUAAGAUUUGCUUAUUACUUCUAUACCAUAGAUAUGUUCAUGCCAGAGAAAAUGUUUUAUUUUAAUUUUAAAUGUUUCCACAAUAUUAUGAAAGUGCAAAUAUUUUACUAAUUUAUGGUAAACAGAAAAUUUCAAUGCUUGUAACUCAAAAGGAGUCAGAUGAAGUUCACUGUUGAAAGGAAUUAACACUAAUUCUUUGUUGGGGGUGAUGGAUGAAAUUGAAAUAAGUUUAUUGAGGUAAAAUACACACAAAGGGAUGAGGUAGCUCAAGCUAUUCUCACCCUGUUCAGUACAACGUGUUCAUACAUAUAUAGACACACAUCACAAACAAUAAACAUAUUACCGAACAUUCUGAGAGAUAAGGUGAUGGAUGUGUUGAAAGUGUGUUGUCACAAAGUAUAAAUAUAUCCGUAGUUGUGUUGUAUGUCUGAAGAAACGAGUGCACACUACCGUGUUCUUUACAGUCUUGGAACCCCCGAGUGAGAAAAAGAUACACGUGUGGUUUUACAAGCAUCAAAGUUCUUCAGUGGCUUUGUGUAAGGGAUUUAAAACUUUUUGUGUUGAUUUGUUCGGUACAAUAUUUAUGAUGCUACAAAAAACUUCCCAUUUGAUUUUGACAUUUUGCACUUAUGUUUUGAUGUAAAUUUGAUAAAAAAAGAUGAAUGCUUUAGAUAAAGCCAGUAGAUGGAAGAACUUUUCCAGUGUAGUUUGCUGUUGCAUCUGAAGACAUGAUUGGUGUAGUCAAACUGUAUCAGAUUGCAGAGAAGUAUUUAAUGGGUGAAACUUCCUUCAGUUAAGGACAAAGCUUACUCAAAACUUGUGUAUUGUUUGCAAUGAACAGAGCCUCGAUGUGGGGAACAUAAGGUAAUAAUAAUAGAGACAGAGGCCAUGAUAUCCCUAUGGCAGUGACCACAUAGGCAAGGAACAUCAUAGCAGACUGUGUUCCGAACACUGAUCUCAUUGUUCAUAUGGAUGGCAUUGUUGUUCAGAAGUGUGUACCUGCAACUAUCACAUAAGGCAUGUAGGGAAUAAGCCAGAGAACCUGUACGGCAUUAUAAUCCUUUAUCAAUUAAACACAUUUAGAACACACGUUAAAGGCAAUGUUUGGGUGUAAAACCGAGUAAUAAAUGUUAACAUGUAGAGCACAGUACAGGAAAUGUCCAGCAGAGUACAGGAGAUAUGAGCAUGACUGAAAUAGUGUUCAGGAGGACUUAGCUUCAUCUCAGUACAGUCUGGUUAUUAAGUUUGGAAAAAGAAGUGUUCGAACCUGUGAUGCUUAACUCCCAAGUUGUUUUCUUCUCCGCAUAUUGAAAACACUGAAGCUGCGUGUUGAACAUGCUAUAACACUGAGGAGGUGUUCCACUCCGCCUCAGUGUGUUGAACAUGCUAUAACACUGAGGCGGUGUUCAACACCGCCUCAGUGUGUUGAACAUGCUAUAACACUGAGGCGGUGUUCAACACUGCCUCAGUGUGUUGAACAUGAUAUAACAGUCAGGCUAUUAUAAUAUGAUAAAAUCUUCUUGUGUGGAAAUAUUUGCUUUGUACAGUAAUUUCAAAUAAGUUAAUAUCUGAAAAUUAUCAACUUUGUUGGCAUGUUAUGGAGGGAGAGGAAUGUAGUGUUGCAGGGAAUGUGUUACUCAUUCCUCAUAUUUGGGUUAUAGCAUUCCGCUUAGUUGUAUAAUGCUCAUGGAUAGACUUGCCAAAAUAACUUGAGUACCUUGAGUACUUCCGUCCCAGUGAUUGACGUGUGUUAACGUAGCGGCUUGUGGCGACGCAGCACGGUGCGGGUGGUCGGCAGGCAGGGCCUCCGUACCGAGCAUUCCACACCUCUUGUUGUGAAGGCAGAUUUAUACUGUAAAGUAAUCUCAAGCUUUCUGUGCUAAUUUAGUUGAGAAAACCUGACACAGGGUAUCAGUUGUAUGCAUUUGUAAUUAACUGUAUUCGGGGGCUUCGUGUUGCAUUAUAUAAUUCUGCCCAGAGUGAUAUCAUUUAUAUCCAUAUACAGUAAGAGGUAAGCCAUGAAUAUCUCAUUUAAUUGUCCAUUUGUAUGCGUGUUUGUGCUGUGGAAAUAAAUUAUGUUAUCAAAUUUCAGUGAACUUCAUAGAUGGUAGUUGUCUACCUACAUUAUUUUUUUAAGUGAUAACAUCAAGUGUGAAAGCAAUAGGUGGCAAAGGUCGUCCAGUUCUUUUAAAGUCAAAGUUUUUCUACACUUAUUUGUGCUCAAAUGGCAGUGAAAUGUUUGAAAUGGUCCUUGAGGUGUGUGCCUCUGAAGGCUGGUGAAGCCUUUUUUCUUCAUUGACAGGGGAGACAGGGAAGGAGCCUGUCUCAGGCUUGGUGUGUGUCUACCUGUGAAGGUUAGUGAAACAUCGGGAGAUGAUCCUGUCUCAGGCUGCACACUCAACAAAACACAAACAAAAAAAUGAGACAAUAAUGAUAAAAGAUUUUUCCCCCUUAAUGCUGCGUGUGGUUUAACUUCUUGUCGUGCAUGUUAAUUGGGGGGAGGGGGGUGGAGGGCAUUACGUGUUGUUUAACUUCUCGUAAUGCAUGUCCAUUGCUGGUGUAAGGCAUUCACCCAAGCCAGAGGCUUAUUUUUCUUUACAUUCUAAUAUCUUAGUCUUAUUUUUAUCAUUAUCUUUAGGGCAUCCUUUUCUAUGUUUUAAAUUUACAUUUAACAAAGCUUUUAAAUAUAUAAUUAUAUGAUAAAAUUUAGAAUGAUUCAUUGUUCAAUUUUGUAAGCAUCGUGACCUCUUCACGGGCGACAGUGAUCUUGACUGAUUCUUUUACCAUUUAGUUUAAUAUUUGUGCUUGAACACUAUCAGCAAAUUUACUGACAAAAAGUGUUUUAAAUCAUUAGCUUCUAUGAGGGUGAUGAUGUGUGAUAAUCACCAGAGAUACAAAGGCAUAAUUAUUAAGUUAGGUGUUUGCUGAGAGUAUGUGACUGCAAGGAAGGUUGGAGAAAUGUGCAAAAUAAUGUAGGGGGAUGAAAUAUGUGGAGGAGUCCGCUUGAGUCAUUGUGUUGGGGAGGAGAAGAGAGGGUGCGUACAAAGAGGUGCAGUUUGUACUCCUUGUCUUAGUGUACUUGAGACCCCUUCUGCAUUGUUAAAUAAAAUACAAAAAGAU